AUGACGCCAGUGCAGGAAAGCGUGGUGCCCCUGCUUUUGCGGCAGAGAGACGUGGUAGCCGAAGCAGUCACGGGCUCUGGAAAAACAUUUGCAUUUCUUGUGCCCCUUCUACAGAGAGUGCUUGCAAAAAAGCGUGGGAAGAAGACAGUAGGGCCAAGGACCCUUGUUGUUGCACCAACACGUGAGCUAGCGCAGCAGAUUCACCAGGCCGCGCUCUCUAUCACAGAGGGCCUCGAUGUAAGCAUGCAGUGCAUCACAGGAGGUGCGCAGGUGGAAGAAAUCGUUGCACAGCGCGUGCAGAGCGAGGAAGGAACAGUGCAGUGGGCAGACAUUAUGAUUGGAUCGCCAGGAAAAGUGUUUGAGCUGAGCCGAGAGGGCGGAAUGCCUCUACGUGAUGUAGAGCUCUUUGUCCUGGAUGAAGCAGACAAAAUGCUUUCAUUUGGAUUUAGGAAGGAAGUCUCAGAAAUGCUCCGCAUGCUUCCGCGGGCAAAGCAGACAGCGAUAUUUUCUGCCACAGUAUCAGAGAGUGUGCACGCACUUGGCCGUCUAGGCAUGCGAAGUCCUCUGUUUGUGUGUGUUAAGAGUGCACUGCGGGUGCCAGAUGGUCUUCGUCUAUUUGGUCUGUGCGUGUCGCCUGCACAAAAGGCAGAGGCUCUAAUGCGUAGUAUCCGUGCACUCGGAAAGAAAAUAAUUGUGUUUUUUGCUACGUGUGCACAGGUAGACUACUUUUAUUCUAGGCUGAUGCAGACAGUAGGAAGAGGAGGACUGCAUAACUGUGUGCUGCGUCUGCACCGAAAACUACCACAGACAGUGCGCGAGCAGACGUAUGCAGAGUAUGCUGCCACGGAGUCGGGCGUUCUUCUGUGUACAGACAUUUCAGCACGUGGUCUAGACUUUCCUGGUGUAACUGCAGUGCUGCACUUUGACCUACCGCAAGACCCAGUGACUUUUGUGCAUAGAAGUGGAAGAACCGCGAGGGGCGGCCAGGAUGGACUUUGUUUAUUCUUUUGGAUGCCAAAUGAGAAGGAGUAUGUUGGGUUUAUGCAGGCCCGCGGAGUGCCUAUACAGACUCCAGACGAGAAUCUUCUGCAGCAACUAACGCCAAUCAAGCCAGCUGUUGUUCGCGGCGCGUUUGGAGAACAGAAAAAGCCAGAAGACCCAGCACUCUAUCUACCAGAAGAUGUAGAGAAUGAGCAGGAUGUUGUUGCAUUUGUCUCGUAUAUUCGUUCGUAUAAAGAGCAUCUAUUAAAGCACGUUCUGAACUAUAAGCAGCUAGAUUUUGUGGGACUGACAGAUCUGUACUGCUUGAAGCGGCUUCCACACGUACCAGAGAUGCGCGGGGUCUAUGUUCCCCGCCUGCCUGCACUGCCCAAAAAGAAAGAGCAGGUCCCAUAUGAGCAGGUAAAAGAAGAAGUAGAGGGGGAAAAGAGUAUGGAAAUCACAAAGCCGGCGCCGGUAUACAAAAAACCAGCAGGAAAAAUGGCCCGAAGAGUGAAUAUACCAAAUAUGCACAAAAGGGUAAGGAGAUAAUAGAUAAUUAUUAUUCAUCAGUAUAAUAAACAUAGAAUUUCAAGAUAUAACAAACCAC